AUGGCCAACGCGCUGUACGCGUCCAUCAGGCAGAACGAUGACUCCGACUGCACCGACACCGACGAUGCCUCAAGUCUUGUAUUGUCGUAUGGCCCGGACCACGAAGAGCGUCGCGCGCUUCUCAAGAAGUUUGUGCUGGCAGUGCUGGUCCUCACGCCCUACCUCGUGCUCGUCGCGUUGUUUAUAGGCGUCGAUACUGGUGCCGACCAUAGCAACAUUGCACCUUCUUGCUCUUCCCUUUCGUCCAAUCAGACGAAGACAAUUGACGCGUGCGCCAUCGAGCGCCUGCAGCAGCUGGCUAUACAGCGUCCCGUUUACUACGACUCGUCUAUGCUCUCACGUCCGCAGCGGUACGCAGCGCUGCAGCAGAAAGGCGCGACGCUCUGGUUUACGGGAUUAUCGGGCAGUGGUAAGAGCACGAUCGGACGAGCGCUGGAGAAGGAGCUCCUGCAACGACGCAAACACGUGUAUCGACUGGACGGAGACAACGUGCGCCUCGGUCUGAACCGGGACUUGGGCUUUUCUGAGACCGACCGAGCUGAGAGUGUGCGUCGUGUGGGCGAGAUGUCUGCGCUGUUUGCUGAGGCGGGCGUGAUCACACUCGUGGCGCUCGUGUCACCAUUCCGCGCUCCUCGUGACGAGGUGCGCGCGCUGCACGAGAAGAUGAGAAUUCCGUUCUACGAGGUGUAUGUGGAUGUGCCAGUGUCAGUGGCUGCUGACCGGGAUGUCAAGGGGUUGUAUAAACGUGCGAUGGAGGGGGAGAUCAAGGAGUUUACAGGUAUCUCAUCACCGUACGAAGAACCGCAUAAUCCGGAGAUUCACCUUUAUACUUCGACGCAGUCGCUUGAGGAUGAGGUCAAAAUCAUUUUGGAGAAGCUGGUGAUGGACGGAUUGCUUACUGGAGUGAUGGAACAACCUACUGGGUACCUUACCGUGGCAGCAAUUGAUGCAAGUAACGAUGCUGCCACAUCAUCGACGCAGUUCCUGGACCGUCUGCGUAACUCGCAUCCUGACAACUACGACGCACUGCCUCGUGUUCUUCUGCGCAAUGAAGAUGUACACUGGUUGCAGGUGAUUGGCGAGGGAUGGGCUGCGCCACUGCGUGGCUUCAUGCGCGAGGGUGUCUACUUGCAGUCUCUCCAUUUUAGCAGCGUGUUAUACGACGCAGCCAACCUUACUGACGGUCGGCUGACCCUUUGCGAGCCCACUAACUUUUCUGAAUACUCAAAUGAGUUUGUGUCAAAGGGAAAGCGCGUGAGCAUGCCUGUGCCUAUUGUACUUCCGAUUAACAAUGCUACGAAGACGUGCAUUGGCGCAUCAAAAGUGGUGGUGCUUGUGGGUCCGUCUGGUAAGGAGCUUGCAUUGCUACAUGACCCUGAAAUAUAUGACCACCGCAAGGAGGAGCGUAUAGCACGGACUUUUGGUGCCAUGGACAGCGGUCAUCCCUAUAUUGCUGCUAUCUUGAAGUCGGGUGAGUACCUGCUCGGUGGUGAGAUUGAACUGUUAUCCCGCAUCAAGUACAAUGAUGGUUUGGACGAGUACCGCAUGACCCCGAUGGAAUUGCGUGACCGCUUUAGAGAAAUGAACGCUGAUGUUGUGCUCGCUUUCCAGACAAGAAACCCGACCCAUGCUGGUCAUGCCUACCUAAUGAAUAAUGCCCGCGAGCAGCUUAUAGCUCAGGGCUACAAGAACCCUGUGCUGUGGUUGUCUUCUCUCGGAGGCUGGACGAAACAAGACGAUGUACCUCUUGACGUACGUGUGCGUCAACAUGAAGCAAUUCUGCGCGAUGGUAUGCUGAAUAAGACUAGCACGGUUUUAUCUAUUUGGCCCUCUCCGAUGAUCUAUGCCGGUCCUCGCGAGGUGCAAUGGCAUGCAAAAAGUCGCAAGAAUGCUGGUGCAAGCUUCUUUAUUGUGGGACGAGACCCUGCUGGCAUCAAGCGCUCAGAUGGCGACAAAGACGACCUUUACGCCCGUGACCAUGGUCGCUUUGUUCUUCAUAUGGCACCUGGCAUGGAAGACUUCAACAUUCUAUCGUUUCCGAAGGUGUACUACGACGUACAGGAUCACAAGAUGAAGCCGAUGGACAGCAGCCGCGAGCAGGACUUUCUGUCUAUCUCGGGGUCGCUUAUGCGUAAUAUGGCGCGGCAGGGCCUGCAAAGAUGCGAGGGAGAUAGAAUUCCAGCAGGCUGGAAAGAUGAACCAAUGUGCGUACCACAAGGGUUCAUGGCUAAGUCUGGUUGGGAUAUCAUGAUUGAUUAUUACCAGAACGUGGAUAGUUUGCGCUGGAUUCCGUUCGGCAUGCAAUUUUCAAAGCCUUUGGUGGAUACUACACGCUCGUUUACAUCCGUUGGUACAUUUGGUCGUCCCGACUACAAGCUUUACUUUAAGAAUGACAAGGGCGAGAAAAUUUCUCCGUGGCACGACAUUCCACUUCAUCCGUUGGGUUCGAAGGACAAUGGCUCAUUUAAUUUCAUCGUCGAGAUUCCAAAGGGAACCGCGCACAAAAUGGAGGUAAAUAAGGAAGAGCAGUACAAUCCGAUCAUGCAAGACACGACGCACAAUGGCACUCGUGGCCGUGACUAUCUGUAUGGGGUGCCGUUCUUCAAUUAUGGCCUGCUCCCGCAGACAUGGGAAGAUCCGGGCGUAAAAGAUGGGAGUGGGAGCGGCGGUGACAACGACCCUCUAGACGUAAUUGAGAUUGGUGCGAAGCAGCUACCCAUGGGUUCGGUGAUCCCAGUCAAGAUUCUUGGUAGUCUAGAGCUUGUUGAUCAGGGCGAAGUAGAUCACAAGAUUUUGGCGCUUUCCGCUGCUGACGAGGACGCCGGGAAGAUAAAUAGUGUGAACGACUUGCAGAGCGUAAAGCCUGGCGUGGUGGAUGCAUUAGUGGAUUGGCUUACGAAGUACAAGAUUCCGGAGGGCAAACCAGAGAACGUGUUCUCCCCGAAUAGACUGGCGUCUAAAGAGGCCGCCAUCCAGAUCGUGGUGGAGAUGCAUGAGCGGUGGCAGAAACUUAAGGCAAGAGAGAUUAAAGUCAAGGACCAAUUCUGGCUCAACUAA